AUGGACGUUCUGGCCGUCGGGAGAAGUCGAGACAAGUAACAGUGUGUUUAGAUGUGGAUUUUUUACCCCCUUUGACUCAAGUGUUGAUGAACAAGAAGAUGCCACAAGCGCCAAGGUCUCCUGCAAGUCCUGCCAAAUUGCAGACUAGGAUGAGCGCCUGGACGCCUCUCAACCACUCUCCGUCAAACUGCAAGGUUUUUGAAGAGAGACGCAGCCUUCUGGCAAAGUGGUUUGACAGGUGGUCUGACAGGCAGAGGAAGUUGGUGCUGCACGACUUCGUCAAGAGAUGCUCCAAGGAGCAGCUCCGCUAUGUCGACCUCUGUGUGAGUAGACAGCUCCCCCUGCAGGCUGCUGACUUCACAUGCCUGCUACCGAGAGCCAUAUGCCUCUACAUCUUCUCCUUCCUGGACCCACGAAGCCUUUGUCGUUGUGCCCGGGUGAGCUGGCACUGGAAAAGCAUGGUGGAACUGGACCAGCUGUGGAUGCCCAAGUGUCUGCGUCUUGGCUGGUUCAUGAGCUUCACCCCUUCAGUGUUUGAACAAGGAGUGUGGAAGAGACAUUACAUCAUCACUGUGCAAAAGAUGCUGCUCACUGCACAAAUUGAAAAGCAGCAGACAACUCUUCCAGAUGUAGCAACAGUAAGCAGUCGACAUGAAGACAUAUCACUUGGAGUGUCCCUAAGUGAAGGUCUUGGAAGGAUGUCCAGGAGCAGACUGAAAAGGGAGAAGCAUCCACCUGCCCAUCCACCUUGGAGAGACUCCGACAAACAUCCCAACGACAUCGUUCGCUUCAACUAUCUGGACAACUCAGAUCAAGUGCACAUAAAGAGCCAAUCAACCACUCUCAGUAAGAAGAAGGCAGACGACGGGGGACAGAAAACACUGUCUGAGACCAGCUACAAACUACGCAAAGUUAAAUCGCUGAUGUUCCUGACUUCAAACAGUAGACCCCAGCAAUCGCUUUCUCCUCCUUCUGCUCAUGAGACCCCCGAGUCUCGACCCCACUGGGCAUCUCAAAUUCACAGCUACCCUGCCACCAAAGAGGAAGGUGAGAUCCUGCUGCGGCAGGCCCAGUGGAAUGCCGGGAAGCGUCCGGGUCCAGUGAGGACGGCGGUACCCAGGCUGAGUGUAGGGGCGCUGAGGGCAUCCCAGCGAUCAAACAGGAGCAUUCCCAGUGUGGACUUCCUGGCCUAUUUAAGAAGCCUGCCACCAGCACUCGUCCUCCUCGCCAGCCAGACCACCAUUCAGAAACGCCAGUUCGCGAAACCUGAACUACGUGAGCUCCUGUUCAAUGUGUUAAAAGACAGGGGUUUGUUUGGUGAGCCAGCCCCGACAGAGGGGCCAGGUGCUGUGCCUGGUGUUCCCCCACUCCGUACCUCCCCAAGUCAGGCUGCUAUGUCGGCCGAGGAGCUGAGGAUAACGCUUCGCAUAAAAGAGGUUGAGGUGAGACACAAGGAGUUGGAGGUGGAAGCCAUGCAUCUUCGGGUGAAAGCUCUGGAGCUAGAGCGCGGUGCGGCUCCUACAGCCAGCCCCUCAACCCCACAGUCACCGCUCACAGGUGUGGACUUCCUGGCCUAUUUAAGAAGCCUGCCACCAGCACUCAUCCUCCUCGCCAGCCAGACCAGCAUUCAGAAACGCCAGUUUGUGUGUUCGGUUCAGCAGUGA